UCCGAUUUUCCUGUUAGUUAGACCGGCAGAGUCUUGUUUGCUGCGUUCUUAUAUACUUCAGCUUUCUGCGAGAGGUGUCUAGUGAUCAGCUCUACAAAAAGUACAAAAGAACCAAUUAGCUGCGACUUCAGAUAGUUGGGCCUGAAGGAAUGUAUUCUGGCAUGAUGGCUGAACGUGGUUUACUAACACUCAUAACUUUUGCCCUGCUGUCUAUCAGUCAAGGUUUGGAAAAUUGUACAGAGCCGUGUCUCAUAUACACUGUUUCAAAUAGAAUUGACGCAAUUGAGUUAGCUUCGUCCAGAGUGGUGAACCUGGUGUCCAAUCUUACGUUACCGCUCGAUCUUGAUGUCCAUGUAAGCGAAAGAACAUUAUACUGGAGCGAUUCCAAUCAACGUGUCAUCAAACGUAUGAACAUGUCCAGUGGUGUCAUGAAAGACAUUAUUACAGAAGACCAUGGAUAUGUCGGUGACCUUGCCGUGGAAUGGGAAAGUCGCCUUUUAUAUUGGACAGAUUCGUUCUACCACAGGAUUGAAGUUGCCUCCUUAGACGGCACCAAAAGAAAGGUGCUCUUCAGCGAGUCCUUGAGCUAUCCGGCUGGAAUAGCGGUGCACCCAAAGAAAGGAUGGAUGUUUUGGACAGAUGUGUCGAGAACUACCAAGAUUGAACGAGCAAACCUUGCUGGCUUUGAGCGAACUGUCCUGGUCGAUCUCACCAAUUCAUCUCAGUUCUGGCCAAAUGCUAUUUCCGUAGACUAUACUAACGAUCGCAUCAUUUGGGUUGAUGCCUGGACUGGUGCAGUUGAUUCGGCUGACUUUCAAGGGCAAAACAGACGAAUGGUGGCAUCUCAAGUUCCCAUGUAUCCGUAUGACUUCAUUCUCCAUGGCGACACGCUUUACUGGAGCGACUGGGUAGAAGAUGCUAUCGAGAUGCUUAAUUGGACUACUGGCGAUUACUUAGGAAACUUCAGCGCCGUGGUUUCCGGCAGUGUUUAUGGUCUCGGUCUACUUGAUAAAUCAAGACAACCAGCGUCAGCAGAAAGUCAGCUCUGUAAGAUAGACAACGGAGGCUGUAGUUACUUGUGCCUUUUGACACCUAACGGAUCUCUUUGCGCCUGUCCUGAUGGCAUUCCUUUCUCAAAAGAUGGUAAACGCUGCCUUGCAGUUUCAGAGAUAACAACAUUUCUUCUCUUUACUGAGGGAUCAAACCUGAGACAAAUGGCUUUCAACGCUACAACGUCACGGAGAAUCCCCCUCAAAGUACCUGUGUCGCAACCCAUCGCGCUGGAUUUUGACUUUUUGGAAGAAAAAGUCUACUGGACAGACAUAACACUAGGAACAAUCUCUCGAGCGUAUCUCAAUGGAUCAUCUCAGGAGACCGUGGUGAGAGGUGGGCUCAACAACCCAUAUGGACUUGCUGUAGAUCCGUUUGGUCGGAAUAUUUACUGGACGGACAGCGCAGAGCACGUUAUUGAAAUAGCAUCCACAGAUGGACUCUACAGACGAGUACUCAUUAAGGAUAAGUUGCAAAAUCCAAGGGAUAUUAUCUUAGACGUCACUCGAGGCUACAUGUAUUGGACGGACUGGGGGUGGGACGAGAGGAUUGAGCGAGCAGAUAUGGAUGGCACAAACAGAAGAGUGAUUACUCGUUAUGGGCUGCUUUAUCCUAACGGUCUAACUCUAGAUGUUUCUAGGAAUUGGCUCUACUGGAUCGAUACUUCUUAUGGAAAAUUGGAAGUGUACGAGUUUCCAUCUAACACAAGGAGAACCAUAAUACCCGCAUAUAGGGAACCAUUUCUUACUUCUCCAUUGGGGCUGACACUCUAUGGGAGUAAUUUCUUUUGGACUGACACGCAUCUUAAUGGAAUAUAUCGAGCGGACCGUAACACUGGAGGAAACGCUUCAAAAGUCCUAUCUACUUCUUCUCGGCCAGCUUUGAUUCAUGCGUAUGACAGGAACAUGAAUAUUACUCCAGUAACGGAUCAGUGCAUGAAUCAAAAUGGUGGAUGCAGUCACUUCUGCAUACUCUCAACCAGUGGUAAAAAAUGUAUGUGUUCUGCGGGGUUUUAUCUUCAAGACGACGGAAAAGGUUGUAAAGCUCAAAGAGAGAUCCUGCUUUGUGCAGAUUAUUCAUAUGACAAGAUAAUGAGGGUUUCUCCGCACGACUCUGGAAGCGCCAAAUUGGUACCAAUGGCACAUAUCCAUCGUAUGCGUCGACCUGCGGCACUUGAUUUCGACAGUACAGAAGACAGAAUAUAUUGGACGGAUACAAGCUUGAAUACAAUAUCUAGGAUGUUUAUUAAUGGAUCGUCUUCAGAGACUGUCAUUUCCAGAGGAGUUUAUCAUCCUUAUGGGCUGGCGGUUGAUCCAGUAGGAAGAAAUAUUUACUGGACUGAUCAUUAUCUGAAUAAAAUUGAAGUUAGCAGAAUGAAUGGAUCAAUACGAAAAACCUUGAUUACCCGAGACCUAGAUAAUCCACGAGAUAUAAUCUUGGAUAUCGACAAAGGUUUGAUGUACUGGUCCGACUGGGGUACCAGCCACAAAAUUGAGGUCGCUAGCAUGGAUGGAAAUAAUAGAAGCACACUGGUUAAAAGAGGGCUUUACUGGCCUAAUGGGUUGACCUUGGAUGGUGCUAAUAACAAGCUUUAUUGGGUAGACGCAUGGUUUCAUAUGUUGGAAUACUACGACUUACAGCGUCAUACGAUUACAUCUCUGUUCCGUGACAGAUAUGUAUUAUCGAACCCAUUUGGUUUGACAUUGCUCGAAGAUAAAAUUUACUGGACCGAUUCAAUGUCUGAAUGUAGUAAAUUAAACGAUAUCUUUCUUCAAACAGAAGGAAACUCUUCUUGCCUUGGCGAUUGCAGUCAUAUUUGUUUGUUGUCUCCUAACGGAAGUGAAUGUGCAUGCCCAAGUCACUCGAUCCUUGGAGAAGAUGGGAGGACCUGUAAACCUGACGUACCUCAAAAGAUAUUACUUUUCGCCGAUGGAAGUCUGAGCCAAAUGUAUACACUAUCUCUGGACAAAUCGAACACGAGCGCCAAAUUGGUACCAAUGGCACAUUCUAUCAGUCGUCCUGCGGCACUUGAUUUCGACAGUACAGAAGACAGAAUAUAUUGGACGGACACAAGCUUGAAUACAAUAUCUAGGAUGUUUAUUAAUGGAUCGUCUCCAGAGACUAUCAUUUCCAGUGGAGUUUAUUAUCCUUAUGGGCUAGCGGUUGAUCCAGUGGGAGGAAAUAUUUACUGGACUGAUCAUUCUCUUAACAAAAUUGAAGUUAGCAGAAUGGAUGGAUCAAUACGAAAAACCCUGAUUUCUCGAGAUCUAGAUAAUCCAAGAGAUAUUAUCUUGGAUAUCGACGAAGGUUUUAUGUACUGGUCCGACUGGGGUACCAGCCACAAAAUUGAGGUCGCUGGCAUGGAUGGAAACAACAGAAGCACACUGGUUAAAAGAGGGCUUUACUGGCCUAAUGGGCUGACCUUAGAUGGUGUAAAUAACAGGCUUUAUUGGGUGGACGCAUGGUUCCAUAUGUUGGAAUACUACGACUUACAGCGUCAUACGAUUACAACUCUGUUACGUGAUAGAUAUGUAUUAUUGAACCCAUUUGGUUUGACAUUGCUCGAAGAUAAAAUAUACUGGACCGAUUCAAGUUCGGGUGUUGUUUAUCAGUCGCCAAAAGACUCUCCGUCAAAUGCAACCGUUCUCGUCAGCGGUUUGUCACAACCAUUGGAUAUACAUGCCUAUGACAGGAAUCAGACUUUUCCAGACCAUCCCUGUUCCAUGUCUUCUGGUGGAUGUUCUCAUCUCUGCCUUCUGAGACCGAAGGGAUUCAAAUGCGCAUGCCCCGAUAGUCUCGAACUGUCGAAAGAUGAGAAAACCUGUGUCCCACAGACAUACAGUUUUCAGAAAUUCUUACUGUUUGCUGAUGCCUGGAAUGCCGAAAUUUACAUUCUCGAUUUGGAUGAAUCCAAUUUUUUGGCCAAAGCUCUGCCGAUAGGAGCCUUCAUGUAUCGACCAGUUGCACUUGGAAUGGACAUUACAGACAAUAGAGUCUACUGGACAGACGUCAGCCUAAACAGUAUCAGAAGGGCAUUCAUAAAUGGGACAUCACCAGAAGUUCUCGUUUCUGUAAAUGUGUCUAAUGCUGAUGGACUUGCUGUUGACCCUGUGGGAGGAAACGUCUACUGGAGUGACAUUUUCGCCAAAAGGAUCGAAGUCUGCAGAAUGGACGGAACCAUGAGGAAAGUAUUGAUCGACAAGGAUCUAGACAAGCCAAGGGAUAUAAUUCUUGAUCUUUCUAAAGGGUUGAUGUACUGGUGUGACUGGGGUACUGUGGCUAGGAUUGAAGUUGCUAACAUGGACGGAAGCAGUCGGCAGAUAUUGGUAAAAAGAGGAUUAUACUGGCCAAAUGGUCUCACUUUAGAUGAAGCAAAUAAUCGGCUCUACUGGGUGGACGCAUACCUUAACACCCUUGAAUAUUAUGAUUUGGAACGUCACACAAUAACAACUUUGAUGGAAGAUGGUUCUAAAUUACCACAUCCGUUCGGUUUGACGCUGUUUGAAGAUCACUUGUAUUGGACGGAUUGGUGGUUAGAUGUUGUUAAUCGAGCGGAAAAGAAGACACUUUCAAAUAUGACGGUUGUUGCCAAGGGCCUUGGUCGACCCAUGGAUAUACAUGCGUAUGAUAGAAAUAAACCUCUCCCAGAUCACCCCUGUUCUAAGUCCUAUGGUGGGUGUUCUCACCUGUGCCUUUUGAGACCGGAUGGAUAUCGGUGCUCGUGUCCAGACUACCUGCAACCCGGUGAAAAUUGCUCUAGUUCUGUCCACCUCUAUUCUCCACCUUCUUCAAGUACGCCUGAAGCCACAACAACACAGCAGUCAGCCACCACACAGCAUUCAGCCACCACACAGCACUCAGCCACCACACAGCACUCAGCCACCACACAGCACUCAGCCACCACACAACAGUCAGCCACCACAGAGCCGUCAUCCACCAGACAGCAGUCAUCCACCACACGGCAGUCAUCCACCAGACAGCAGUUAUCCACCAGACAGCAGUCAUCCACCAGACAGCAAUUAUCCACCACACAACAGUCAUCCACCACACGACAGUCAUCCACCAGACGGCAGUCAUCCACCAGACAGCAGUCAUCCACCAGACAGAAGUCAUCCACCACACAGCGGUCAGCCACCACACAGCAGUCGUCCACCGGACAACAAUCAACUCCUCCAGGUCCUUAUGAUUGUCGUUCGAACAAGUGUAAAAAUGGAGGAUCUUGUGUAAUCCCUGGUUAUUUUUGCGAGUGUCCGAAGUAUUAUGUUUGGGACCUCUGCCUUGUUUACGUUGGUUCAAGCGCCGUAGAAGUAGAGGUAAAUCUUCAAAACGAGAAACAAUGGAUAACGUAUAACUUCCAGGCUGCAGUGGCAAAAGCUUGCACAAGUUUUUUUUGCGUAGAUGAGGAAUGUGGAAGCAAGUCAAAACGAGAUAGUAAUUCAGAAAAGGAAAAGAAAUUCGUGGCUUCCGACGCUAAAAUACUUGGACUUUCCAUUGGUGGAGAAAAUAUUUUGAAAAUAGAGGUAGCUGUUUUAUUUCCAUCUGUGGAAGGCCAGGUUCCUGAACCUGUACCUCGUGCUACACUGGACCAAAUACUCCAAAAAAAUGAUGAAGGUCUUGGGGCAGCCAUUGGAGGCACAAUCAUCAGGAUCGGCAAACGACAGGUAGAGAACCCAACAAAUACUGAAAGGUCUACUCAAGAUAAAGAGACGUUUAACGUGCCAAUUGUUGCUGGGUUAGGAGGCACUGUUGUUCUGUUGAUGUUAAUCGUGGUAUUCUUCGUCUGCCAAAUGAUGCGGAAAAGAAGUCGCACAGGGAAAAGAACAGACGAAAUUUAUUUGGACAGUGACUUUGCGCACCCCAGAGCCAAUUUCACUGUUACAUUUGAAAACCCAGGGUAUGCCGCGGAAAACACGACGCAUGAAUCCGUCCACCACAGAAGUGGAUCGGUGACAUCCAGACAAGAGCAAGUCAACGGGGUUGGAUCCUUGGACAACAACAACGCAACCCAGCAAGUAACCGAAAAAACCGUUAUGAGUAACCCAACCUAUGGUGUACCAUUCACUAAAGAUCCUGCAAUCAUCGAAGAUUCUGAAAAUCGCUAUGCCACCAUCGGGGACAAGAAGACAGAGUCAUAGGCGAAAGGAGCCGGGGUGACUGAUAAAGUUAAUUACGUAAAUCUUCUAGAAAAAAAUGAUAAUAACAUGCUGUUGCGAAAGUGAAUUAGGUUUCCCCAGCAACUGCAUUUUUUUGUUUGCUUCUGUAGAGAACACCAAUCAACGGCUCUAGUUGCAGGAAACAUGCCGGAGUUGAUAUUUCCACAACAUUCCUAUAGGCUUUUUUUUGGGCUAGAUGUUGGAAUAAAGAGAGAUGCUUUCAAUUCCUUUGGUCGCAAGCUUUACACAAACCAAUUUUUUUUCUUUUUUUUCAUUUUCCCCCCAAAAAACCAACAAAAAUGCGUAUUUUUCCCUCUACACUACUUAGGGAAACUUGUUAGUUUGAAUUCACCUUUAAUGUUACUUUAGUUUGCCGUACGAUCCCUCUUGAGUUAGGAAAAGGAUAGGGUCACUAUAAAAAUCUGAUCUUCAUGAAUUAUUGAAAUAACUAAUAUUUUUUUUCAUCAUGACGAAGCUACGCUUUAGUAUCCAGUUCUUGGCGGCGGUAGAAUUAAAUAGAAAUCUGCUGACUCAGAAAAAGUAUGCGGCAUACUUUUUUUUUUCCUAUUAGACGCCUAGCACAAUUACCGCCGUCGGAAUGACGGCUCCAGUUUAAGAGAGUUUGGAUGGUAUUACCUCUU